UCCUCAUGAAAUGUGUACCUGCGCCCUAAUGAGCCGCUGAAAUUCGUUUUGUGCGCGUCGGUUGAGCAGUUUGGACUAUUUACCUGCCGCAAACAUCACCUCCCACCUGGACGAGGGCACCGAGCUGAGUCUCGAGCCGACGGGCCGAGUGCAUUUCCGAACAAGACUUCGUGAAUCCGGAGUAGCGGAAGACGGCGGAAGGUGUAAGCAGUAAGCGGGUGAAUGUAGUGGGAAACUCCACGGAAACCUGUACAGGUACAAAAAAGUUUGAGUCGAGAGGUGUGCGUGUAGAGCUGAGAAACCGGCUUUGCGUUUCCGAGCCGAGGAAAAGGCAACCGAAGACAUCGUAUAAGAAGGACUUUACACCUGUUUUGCACCGUGGACCGGUUUUUCCUAAAGUAGCUGGGUCGGUGUUUAAAAGCCUGCCGUUUAAUUUCGUAAGAUAGCGGGGAAGGACCUCGGGAAUAGACCAUGCCACGGGCUUUCUUGGUGAAGAAAACGGGGAAUUCGCCCGGCAAGAGAAACUGGAGCGAUCUGCCAGAUCACGAACGCGGUGACAUUUAUAUUCCAGUCUCCAUGUCUCCCGUUGCGCUUCGCGAGGAGACCGAAGCCAGUCCGGCGGAGGUGGCGCUGUGCCUGUCCACCCGCAAGGACCACAGCAUGUACAAAUACAACCACAUGUACACCAAUGACCCCGGUGCAGUGGUUCCUGCGGCUGAACUCCCGUCGUGCACCGCUCUGGGCCAGAGUCCAGAGACCGAGCACAUCCGAAGCACACACAACAACACUUACGUGCGCACUAAAAUAAAGGUUACCACAGGUGAGCUUCCUAAAGAGGUUCUACCUAUUGUUCCUAGCCUAACUACAAGUCCACCUGCUCCUAUAGUGGCUCCUAGCUCCCCUCCUAAGUCACCGCCAGUGCAGCCGAGCGGUGGUACUUAUGUUUGCCAGGUGUGCCAAAAAGUUUUCCAGUACCAGCGCAUGCUGAACAGACACCUAAAAUGUCACAGCGAGCAGAAGAGACACCUGUGCGACUUUUGCGGGAAGGGCUUUAAUGACACCUUCGAUCUCAAGAGGCACGUCCGCACACACACAGGUGUUCGUCCGUACAAGUGCAAUCUCUGUGAGAAGGCCUUCACUCAGCGCUGUUCUCUGGAGUCCCACAUGAAGAAGAUCCACGGCGUCAUGCAGCAGUACGCUUACAAGGAGCGCCGCAGCAAGCUGUAUGUCUGUGAAGAGUGCGGCCACACAGCUUCUACCCAGGAUGCAUUGCUGCGUCACCUCCAUGUUGAUCAUCCAAACAGUGCCCUCCUGCGGGCCAAGGGGGCACGAAGACAGUCACCAAUGAUGAACGCUACCAGAGAUGACACCUCCCAACCUGGUUCCCCGCUCUCUCACAAUAGCGAUGACACUCUAGCACUCUAGGAUCAGGAGGGAGGUAGAGAAAGGGAUGUUUCCUAAAAAAAAUAUAUAUUUAUUUUUUAUAUGUGUAUAUAUAAAAUAUACACAUAAAAGUUUGUGAGAGAGUAAUUCUGAUGAAUUAUUGUUUCGUUCAGAAUACAGACACGAGGGAAGAGGUAAUUUAAAAAGAGAAAGUGAUGAAGUCAUGCAAAAUGCUGUUUUAAUGGCAGUACGCUGAGAUUCAGUUUACAUUUUUGCUGCAGAAUCAGGCUGUACAUUUUCUCUGUGAAACACAGAACAGCAGAGGAUAACGUCUACAGCAUAAAUAUGCACUACUUCAGUUUACAUAAUAAUAAUAUUAUUAUUAAAAUAGACGAGAUGAAACACAACUCAGGAGAAAUACACAGAUCAAUGUGACAUUAAAUAGUUCCAUUAUUCCUGUGUGGGACGAUGAUUUUAUGUAGCAAUGUUUCAACACUAAAAUGAACUCUGCGGCGACUGGUAGUUACAUAUCAGCAGUCCCUGAAUGUUUGAAAAAGGGAUUAUAAAAAGGAAAUUAAUUUUGUAUUGUUGAUUUGCUACUGUAUGUAAUAUAUACUUGCGUAAAUGUAUCAUAAAAGAUUUAUAUUUAUCCUGGUGUAGUUUUUAUAUUUUCCUGGGUAUCUGUUUUGCUAGAUUUUAUACAUUUACUUUCCCAUGUAACAACCUUUAAUACUUGUAACACUGUGCUUUUUUGUUUGGUUGUUGUUGUUUUUUUUGGGUUGCAUCAUAAUUUUUUUGUACUUUUUAUAUUCAGAAGCAUCAUAUAUGUAAUAACAUUUACAUUUCUUGUCACUGUUAAAUUAAGUAAGCUCUGUGUCAAUCUAUAACAACGCACCUACGCAAUAAAUGUUUUUGUUGAUGGUU